AUGGAAUAUGCACAUACUAAUCAGCGUCGGGUCCAGCCUACUGCAUUGACCAUGCAUCCAUCUGGAACUAGCGCAUAUUACACACAGUCCGAUCCACAGUAUAUUACUCAUGCCGAUCCCUCAACAUGGCAGCAGCAGCAAUACUAUAAUAACCCCUCUCCCCAGGACUCGGCUCGCGCAACCCUCUCUCCCCCCAAUGCAUUCAACACACAGGGCUAUUCCUCGGAUUACCUCACACCCUCUCCUCGCUCGUCCCAUCCCGACUCGUGGAGCGCAUCCAGCAACCAAUGGGUCAGCCCACGCGAGAGUCCGAUCAUGGCUAGCGCCGCCGCCCCACCCGCCUGGAACGCAAAUGCGGCCGAAGUCACUUGGAAUUCGGGCAUAGGCAGCUUUCCUCCUCUGUUACCUGGUCCCAAGAAGACCUUGGACCCGCGCCAGGCGAGUUUGGCGCCUACUACUUCAUCCUCUGACCAGCGCAGCACGUCCGGAGCGAGCGAUAAUGAUACAUGGGCCAUCACUACCGCUCGUGGAAAACGACUUCGUACGGACGAGAGUCAAAAGCUCAAGACUGGGGCGUGUAAGAAUUGUAAACGAUUAAAGAUGAAAUGCACGUUUGAUCCACCUGGGUCCGCAACGUGCCAACGGUGUCGAGGGAACGGACAUGACUGUAUCGUCGAAGGACGAAAGCCCAGGAAGAACUCGGAACCACUAGAACAGCUCUCUGCACUCAUCGAUGAUAAACAAGAAAUCAUCGAUGGCCUGUUGCGUAUCGUUUCCCGCCCACGCACGGCCGAGAACACAGGCGCGGACACGGCCGAAGUAUGGCGCUGGAUCGAACGAGCCGCCCGUUCGCUCAUGCCCGCCCAGCCAUCCGGCGAGGAUCCCGAAGUAGGAAACGAAGAAGAGCGCUUGCCGCCCGAUCCGACACCCAUCGGCCUAUUAGCAGAUCUGUCGCUCAACGAUCCCGAAAAGGAGGAUGGGCAGACCAAAGGAAUGAGUAGCUCCAAGAGUCAGACGGAAGAAGGGGACGACGUUGGAGUCGCCAAUGCCGAGUAUUUUAGACCUGGUCCGAUGGCGCAUCCGGAUUUGAGGAGGAUUAUCGUCGAGAGGCAGAUGGUCCCGGAGAUUUUGACGUUGAAGGUCAUUGCGGAUGAUGAAGUCGAACAUUUGUUUAGGAUAUUUCACGAAAGGAUUGAUGCAGUAAUAGCUAUCAUUGAUCCUGUCAUUCAUACGGUUGCAGGAGUCAAAGCCCGAUGUCCUUUCUUGUUCACAGUCACCUCUCGGUACUGGAUCGAACGACCCGAACUCUACAAGGUCCUCAUGCACUAUGCCAAAUCCGCCGCCGCCACCGCUAUAACCGACGGAUGGAAAUCACUCGAAGUGUGCCAGGCGUACCUGCUACUCAGCGUUUAUCCCCAACCCGCCAAAUCCUGGGCGGAAGAUCGAGGAUGGCUAUACCUCGGGUGUGCAAUCCGCCUGGCGAUGGACUUGGGGCUGUACAAGCAAGCAAGUAAAACGUACAUCAACGAGACACACGAGCGCGAAGUCUUGAAUCGCACGAGGACGUGGUUAAUUUGUUUUAACAUGGAUCGAGCGCUGGCUACGCGCCUUGGUCGUCCGACCACGAUUCCUGAAGAUUACAUCGUGCGGCACUCGCGAGAGUGGUGGCGACGGUCCAAGUACAACGGACGACUGGACGUGCACUUGUGUUACUACACCCAGCUCCUCCGAACCGUGACGAGGUACUUUAGUCUGAUUUAUUCGGAUCCGGAGAGCGUUAGCGGGUUCAACGAGAGUACCGAGUUUGGGCCGAUUACGCGCGCGUUUGAUGAUGAGAUGGAGCAGUUUAAGCAGGAUGCCGAACAUGCGUAUUCGACUGCGCCGGAAUCUCGUCAUCCGACGUGUCAGUAUCGUCUUGCACUGAUGCCAUUAGCGGUUGCGUACUAUCGUUUGGUCAUGUACUCGUUUGGACUAGAACACGCGCAUAGGUCCGCGUCUGAGCCUGGGAACAUGUUUCUUAUUCGAUCGGUGGAUACCGCCUCGGAGGUCUUGCGUAUCACAAACGAGGACUUACCGAUACAUGAGUAUCAUCGGUAUUCGCCUGAUGGACAUUGGAUGUGGUCUGUAUUUGCCGCUGCGUUCCUCAUCAAGCUCGCAAAGCCGCGUUCUGUUCAACCGCCACAUUUGACCAUGACCGAAACUCAGCGUGAAACCUCUCUCGUACUAGUCGAAAAAUUCAUCCACACGCUAGAAUGCAGCGCGGUAGACGACCGACACUCUCCAGCCCUAUAUGCGCGAUUCUUGAGACGGAUCAUGGGCAAACCGAUAAAUGCGAUUGCUGAAAAAGAUCAACAGCUCCAACCGGCCGAUAACAACGCGGUCGUUCAAUCUCCUCCCGCGCGAAUGCUCACUCCCGGGCCGAGCGAUAUGGGGUCCGCACAAGACGAAGAUGUCUUGGCGGCCAUGUACAACCUUACCGGAGACUUUUGGGACAAUGCGUUGUUGCCCGGUACGUGGGGUAUUACUUCCCAGAUACCUCGGGCGUAA